AUGUCACACUCUCGGACGAAUGCAUCUGAAACCAUACUGUGCGAUCCCUGCUUAUUUGACGAUUCAAAAGCGGAAGCGACUGGAUUUUGUUGGAUAUGUGUUGAAUAUUUAUGUCCCAGCUGUAUAAAAGAACAUGGUAGAGUGAAAAUGACAAGAACUCACAAAGUUCAACGGGAUAAUAUUCCUGAAAAUGCUGACGCCUUGAAAGAAAUUAAAGCAAUGGUAACGUGCCCUAACCAUGCAGAUAUGGAUGUUACGCAUCAUUGUAAAAAUCACGAUGUAUAUGUAUGUGCCUUAUGUAGGGUCGAUACUCAUAAGAAUUGUGAAAAUAUACAUGAGAUAGCGAAGGAAAAACAAAGUGAAAGACUAUUCAGCGAUGUACAAGGGCUCCUUGCCACAACAGCAAAUGCAUUGAAAGAAACAAGAAAAGGUAAAAAGGAAAAUAUCACAAGUUUAUAUCAAAACCAGGAACAAGUAUUCAAGGAAAGGCAAAUUUUGAUGCAACAACUACUUGAUGAAUCAAAUAACGAUACCAAGACAAUAACAGAAUCACUGGUAAAGGAAAUUGAGAAAGAUGUAGAAGAAUUGGACGUUAUUGAACUGUCCAAAACAAAAUAUGAACACAUUCUUGACGCAGCACCUAGGGCCGGAAAUGAUAACCAAGUCAACAUUGUUCAACACAUUAUGGUGGAGAAAGUUAAGUCACUAGGUGAGAAGGUUUUCUGUUUGCAGAGAAAGGGACUUGUUACUUUGCAGCUUUCUAAGUCAUUUAACAUCAGCAAGUUCAAGCCGAUUGGGGAAGUAGACGUAAUAAGAAAUGCAGAGAGUAUCGUUGCUUCUGAUGACACUCUUAAAAGAGCAGUUGAAAUAUCCAGCGAUGCAGUGACAGACCUCGCUGAAGACCAUUCCGCCAGAGAUAAGAAUAAUCAUAAGAUUACUGAUACAAAAGCUGAUGUCAGGAUAUCAAAAUUAGAAAGAAAUAUUAGUGCGGAUAAAAUGCUUCAUCACGUAAGAGGUGCUGGCGAAAAGUGCGAGUGCUCUAUUCAAGGAUUAGUUAUUCUUCAGAAUGGGCAAAUUGUUUUGAUAGAUUACACCAACUUAAAAAUAAAAUUAUUUGCUAAUGAUUUUGAAUUCCUGAGUGCUUUACGAUUACCGGGAAGACCUGUGAGGAUCUGUACCAUAGGGCCAAACACUGUUGCUGUGAGUUUUGAAAUUGUCAAAAGAAUAAAUCGCUACAAGUUAGUGGGAUGUUCACUAGUGUAUGAAGGUGGCUUUAACAUAAGGCUAUACAACCGUGGAAUCACGUACGACGGGAAGAAUAUACUAGCAAUUAUGGUACACCAAGGCUUCUCCGAAGGCACUAUCACAUAUGAAGACGAAAUUGAAGUAGACAUUUUGAACGUUCUAACUGGGCAUGUCCUUGAUACCAUAACUGACUUCAAGAUUAUAAAUAGUAACAGGUCUCUUACACUGAAAAAUCCUAUGGCAAUACACGUCAACGAUAGCAAUGAAAUCGUCAUAGCAGAGACGAACAGAAUACUUUGCUUUAGUCUUGUUAAGGAUCCGGUAACAGGUAAAACAGUUGCGCAUGAGCAAAGGUACCUUGUUAUUGGUAAGGAAAUACCAAAACACAACAUUGAGAAUAUUGUCUCAGACAAAGAUGCGCUGUAUGUUAUUUCGAGGUCUGGAAGAGUGCUUCAAAUUUCUAAUACGGACUAUAACAAUAAAAGACUUCUCAAUGUUAGUCUUGAUGAAGGUUUAUCUAUAGCAGUGGACGAUAACCGAAUUUUAGUAGGAUGUGAUAAUGAUGAUGAUAUUCAUGUAUUUGAAUUUGAGUAA